AAUUUAAUUAGAGCAUACUUUGAGGAAGCCAAAUGGUGUCACGAAGGCUAUAUUCCGAGUAUAGAAGAGUACAUGAGAGUUGCGCUUGUAACCGGUGCUUACAAAAUGCUUACAACAACUUCCCUUGUUGGCAUGGGGGAUUUGGUGACCAAAGAGAGUUUCAAAUGGGUGUCAAGUGAUCGAUCCCUUAAUUCUUGAAGCUGCAUCCGUGAUUUGCAGACUCAUGGAUGAUAUGGCUGGCCACAAGCAUGAGCAAGAGAGAGGCCACGUAGCCUCGGCAGUUGAAUGCUACAUGAAACAACAUGGUGUCACAGAAGAAGAGGUUUAUGUUGAAUUUCGAGAAAGAGUUGCAAAUGCAUGGAAAGACAUGAACGCAGAGUGCCUCCGCCCGACCGCGGUCCCAAUGCCUGUCCUCGCCCGAGUUCUCAAUCUUGCACGAGUGAUCAAUCUUAUAUACACAGGUGGAGAUGGGUACACUCAUUCCGGAAAAAAGGUGAAGCAGUGCAUAACGUCAGUGCUCAUCGAUUCCUUUCCGAUCAAUUAGCAAACAGUUAUCUUAAUCGUAACCAAUUUACUCAUAAGUGCCAUAAAAUGUUGUUCUUUUUUUUUAAUUUUAUUUCCAAAGUAUUUUCCCCUCUAGGAAUAU